AUCGUGUCAGCAACUUCGUCAGUAAAGAAGUUUAGCAUUCAAUGCUUCGAGCUGGUCUUUGAAGCAAUAUGUCGCUAUUCCUGAAGUUUUUAAAGCUUCACAGGCCGCUAGCCUGCAAGACAGGUGCACAGUGCCAUGAACCCAGAAUGGAGUUUCAGGAGGGCAUGGGGUUUAAUCGGUAGGCCAUUGCGAUGGAUCUACUGGCUUCCUCUCGGCCUGGGCUUUACACAGUACUUCUACACACUGAAAACGAUCAGAGGAAGGAGCAUGCAGCCAACUUUAAAUCCGGAUACCUCAGGUUGGGAUGAUAUUGUUGUCUUCAACAGAUAUGCUAGUCCACUCUGGAGUGCCUAUUCGAAAAGGCGACAUCGUGGCACUUCGGGAUCCUCUAGAUAGUAGAAAAAUGAUCGUCAAGCGAGUCGUAGCUGUGGCAGGAGAUGUUAUCAAGACCCUGCCUCCAUAUCCUGACGCUGAAGUGUUUGUCCCUGAAGGUCAUAUUUGGGUGGAGGGUGAUGAACCUUUCCGUACUCUGGAUAGCAACAAAUUUGGCCCAGUGAGUCGCCAUGCUCCUAUAUUCAUUCAUGCUAAUGCUUCCAUUCAGGUCCCCCUUGCUCUUUUAGACUCAAAGUUGACGUACAUCAUCUGGCCCUUGGAUCGUGUAGGGCCUCUGCGUCCACCCGUCCCCCAAGUUCCCAAGAGAGGUGAUUCGCGAGAUUUUCGAUGGUAUAGCGACAUGGCAGCCUUCGAACGCGAGCAACGGAGGCAGUCAAGGGUAAAUGCACGCUCAACACAUCAUCUCAGCAGAACGCGGGAACCUCGUGACCUAGCUGGCUUUUGCGAGGUAUAACUACCAUUCAAACAACGUGCCUGUGACAGUCCUCGUGUUCGCUACAAUGCAUGAGUGCUCACUGGCAUCUCCUGGAGCGUUAACCUUUCCGACUAUUGUUUCGAUUAUAUCAGCCUGUGGUACCCUGCUGGC